CUAACUUCAUUUACCAGCAACACGAACCCUGCCUAAGAGAACGCCACCGAGCUGUUCUGUUUUCAAUUUCACUUCCUUCUUCCAGUGCGUCUCUCUAGACACAGCUCUCUACCCUUCAUAGCUCUUACUAGGCCUCAUGUGGCGAUGCAACUCUCCUUUUGUUAAUGUUGUUUUUCCCCUCUUCAAACUGUGUGUUUCUUUCUUUCCACUGGAAGAUGCCCAGGAAUGGUUGCCUCUGCCCUUCACUGAUCAUCACAUUCUCUUUGGCUGUGUUUUUCCAGUCCCAGAUGAUAAUCAGAAGCCUCAACCCCUGCUUGGAGGUGAUCCCAGGUAUCAUUUACAAAUGCAUGGAGCUGAACCUCAGUGCUAUUCCACCGGAUAUUCCAAAUUCCGCCCAGAGCCUGGAUAUCAGCUUCAACCCACUGGGAAUCCUGACCUCAAAUUAUUUCUCACCACUCUUCGCACUAAAGUUUCUGGACCUCACUAGAUGCAACAUCCAGAAUAUCGAAGACAAUGCCUUUGCUGGUCUCUGUAACCUUUCUGUCUUGAUCCUGACUGCCAAUCCUCUCCAUUUCCUGGGUGCAAGAGCUUUUCAUGAUUUGACAUCCUUGAAAAGACUGGUAGCUGUACAAACUGAACUAUACUCCCUGGACAACCUGCCCAUUGGACAAUUGACAUCUCUCCAAGAACUGAAUCUGGGAAACAACUACAUUGAUUCAUUGAAGCUUCCUGAAUAUUUUUCCCGCCUACAAUUUCUAAAGUUUUUGAACCUCCAAGCAAACAAGAUAUCUUCCAUUUCGGUAGGAGAUUUGGAUGCACUGUCAAGCCAGAACCUCACACUUGUGCUAUCUAAGAAUGACAUAAAACAUAUUGAGGUAAAUGCCAUUGCAGGACUUCACCUUCAGAAACUAUCUUUGAGAGGCUGCUUUGAGAGUAGCACCAUUAUGCAAGCCAGCCUUCAGAAUCUGACUGGCUUAUAUGCCAACAGUUUAGUGUUAGGAGAAUAUAGGAACAUUAAGAAGCUGCAGACUUUCAGUAAAGGUAUCUUGGAUGCCCUAUGUCAUAUGCGCUUGCAGGAGAUAACUCUCAUCUGCACUAAUGGUGAUGUUGAAAAUACAGAUGACCUCUCUCUUUGCUUGAACAACUUCUCCACUAUACGACUGGUAGAUACCUACAUAAAAGAUGUGUCAAAGUUCCCAGAAAACUCAAGCAUACACCAUCUUGAAUUCAAGGACUCCAGAUUUAGACAGGUGCCUUCAGUGAGGUUGUCUUCCUUGAAGGAGCUAAGAUCACUUCACAUCACCCACACCAAACAGCUUGUUGAAUUUGAGGAGGACUUUCAGGGACUGCAGAAGCUUGAGACCCUGGAUCUCAGUCAGAAUGCGCUUACUGCUGACCUUUGCUGGCUCUGCCUCAGAAAAGGGGUUCCAAAUUUGAAGUAUUUGAAUCUUAGCUUCAAUGUUAGAAUCAAUUUAGAGCCUGAGUGCUAUGGCCUCCCCAAACUGGAAAUGAUGGAUUUACAACAUACCACACUCAGUGGAGCAGGAGAGGUCCCUGUUUUUCUGUGCCUUCCAAAUCUCAUCUACCUUGAUAUUUCACACACCCACACAAAUAUUCAGUCAGAAUGUACAUUUUGUGGGUUGAAAAGUCUGCAAGUGCUGAAAAUGGCUGGCAACACCUUUGAAAACAAUAAGUUGCUUAACACCUUAAAGAACCUCAGCAGUCUGCGAAUCUUGGACAUUUCCAAUUGUCGGCUGCAAUAUCUCUCCCUUAACAGCCUAGCCAGCCUCCAUGAGCUCCGCGAACUGAACAUCAGUCAUAACAAGCUCCUGGGCCUCCAUCCAGAGGCCUAUGUCCACCUCCAAGCCCUCACUAUCCUGGAUUUCCAUAGCAACCAGUUGUCUGUUUUAACAGAGAAGGAUCUACAGAAUUUGCCCAGCAGCCUGAAGAAUCUGGACCUCUCUCAGAAUCUUUUUGAUUGCUCCUGUGAGAACUUGCAUUUCUUGCAGUGGGCCAAAGAGAACAGGAACCUCCUCCAGCAUGUUGAAAACAUGAUCUGCCACAGCCCCAAGCACUUAAGAGACGCCCGUCUGAUGAAUUUUGACCUAGCUUCUUGCCGUGUCAGUACAGCCACAGUGGCUAUCUCAAUGACCAUUUCUGUGGUUCUAGUCUUAUCUUUGAUUCUGGUUUAUAAGUACUAUUUUCACCUGUAUUAUUUGGCAGUGUUGCUUGGUGGACGCCGUAGCUCUGCUGAGGAGGACAAUGUCUACGAUGCCUUUGUCAUUUACUCCAGCAGAGACCAGGAGUGGGUGAGACGGGAGCUGGAGGAAACUCUAGAAAUGGGAGUGCCUAGCUUCCGCCUCUGCUUCUUCUAUCGCGAUUUCCUCCCUGGAGUGCCUGUCAUCACCAACAUUAUCAAACAAGGCUUCCAGAGCAGCCGGAAAGUCAUCACUGUUGUCUCUAGUCACUUCCUGGAGAGCCGAUGGUGUAACUUUGAGCUCGAGGUAGCUCUGUCUUGGCAGCUGCUGGACAGCAAAGCCAGUAUGAUCUGGGUUGUCCUAGAUGGGACGGACAAAGCAGUUCUGCAGCGGAAGUUGGGCCUGUUCCGCUACUUGCGGAGGAACACCUAUUUGGUGUGGAGGGACUCUGAGUUGAACCGGCAUAUAUUCCUGAGACAGCUGCGGUCAGCCUUGCUUAAUGUAAACAUGGACAAGGAAGAACUGAAGCUAAUGUUAGUAGGUUAAUGUUAGCAGGCUAGGGCCAUAUCUCAAUUUUUCUGUUGCCGUGAGCCAGCCACCAAGUCAGGGCCGACGCUUUGCUGGCUGAGGCAAAGGACAAGAUGGUACGCUCCACCAAGGCACAUGCAGAAAGCAACUGGAUAGGUAGUGGAAUUGUACUCCAAUACUGGUGAAAGGACAGUGACUUCCACUGCAGUUGAGGGCAGCAGGAAAACAUAAAGUGUACA